CGGCGCUGGAUGAUCAUACUGUUACAGAUUUUUCUAUUCAGAACAGAUUAAUUUAUUUUCCCUCCGUUCUGUCUUCCUCUUGUGAAGAUCACGUUUUUUAGAAUCAGCCUGAGGAGUUUUCACUAGUUUACUUACCCUGGAGGUGAUCUUAUCUUGACUUUUCUGUGCAUUUCUUAUAGUAAUGCUAUAUUCUCAUUAAAGCCUACACGAUGGACUCGGUGUCUCAGAACCUGAAAGAUGAGAUCUCUGAGCUGCUGAAGCCUCACAGAGUGUGUCUAGUGACUCCUGUCCUCCUCCACCCCCCCACUCAGACAUGUGGGAGGUCGGCCAGCAGGUUUGUGGUUCUGAGUCUUUGGAGAGGUUACCUGCUUAACAACAAGCCACCUGUCAGGAUGGAGAGCACUUUCAGCUACUUCGAGAUUUCCUCCAUCAGCAUUCACAGUCUCACUCAGUUUGUGUUGGAGACUGACAGGCAGACUCUGUCUCUCAGUGUUUUGCAUGCUGAGGAUCUGGAGGCCAUGGUGUGUCACAUGACUGACUCUCUGAAGAGGAUCUUUCCUGACUCUUCUCCAGGAAAGCUGCUAAAGACGAUUUCUCCAGAUCUGCCGCACAGACUCCUCACACUGACUGAUGAGAUGGAGGAGCAGCAGAGCAGCAGGCCCGGCUCCUGUGGAGGAUUCUCUGAUACCUACGCUGCUCUGUGUGAUUUCAACGAGAUCCCGCUUAGAGAGGAGGUCCAGUGGGAUAUUGACAACAUCUACUACAUGAACAACUGGAGAGAGUUCAACCUGCAGGACUUCAGCCACUUGGACAGCAGGGACUUGGCAUUAGCAGUAGCAGCUCUGUCUUUCAACCAGUGGUUUACCAAGAUCUACAGCAAGGAGCUCAAACUGUCAGUGGACAUCCAGCAGCAGCUGACCUUCCUGCUGUCCAGAUCUCCCAGCCUGCAGGAGCUCUCACUGGAGGCCAGUGGACUCAAAAUGGACUUUGCAUUAAAGAUGGCCGCUGCCCUGCGGGAGCACUCCUCCUUCUCCACCCUGCAAUCCAUCAACCUCUCAGGCAACCCCCUGGAGGACAAAGGUAUCAUAGCUCUCAGUCAGGAGCUGGGGAGUCUAGCUGGAGGACUGAGGCUCCUCUCUCUGUCCCGGGUAUCAAUGACUGCUAGAGGUGCAGGCUGUUUGAGUCAGGUGUUGUCCUCCACUCAGCUGUUCUCAGUGUCUCUGACUCACCUCGACCUGUCUGCUAACCCCAGCAGCCUGGGCACCGAGGAGGCCACGUUUCUCUUCAAGUUCCUGUCCAGCACUAACUCUCUGUCUCAUCUGGACCUCAGUGACACCAGCUGCCCUCUGGACACGUUAUUUGUGUCGCUGUCUGCUGGAUGCUGCUUCAAACUGAUGCACCUGAAACUGGCCAGGAAUCCCUUCAGCCACAGGAAGGUGCGGGAGGUGACCAGGAGUAUUGGGCAGUUCUUCAGUCAGAGCUGUGAGUUAAAAUAUGUCGGCCUGUCUGCAACCAAACUACCUCCACAAGCUCUCAGGUUAUUACUACAGGGUCUGGCAACUAACACUCGUCUGUUUGGGCUGAAGUUGGACAUCAGCAGCUGUGAGCUUCGUUCAGCAGGCGCUCAAGUGAUACAGGAGCACAUCUCUGAAGUUACAGCUAUCACAAGUCUGGAUAUCUCUGACAACGGUUUUGAGAAUGACAUGGUGACUCUGGUUCUGUCUGUGGGACGAUGUCACUCUCUGCGGCACCUCGCGCUGGGAAGAAACUUUGCCUUGAAGUCCAGUGCUCUCACUGAUGUUCUUCAUCGUAUAGCUCAGCUCAUUCAGGAUGAAGAGUGUUCCCUGCAGUCUCUCUCAGUGAGUGACUCUAAGCUGAAGGCAGGGAUACACAUCCUGCUGAGUGCUCUGGGGGGCGAUGCUGCUCUGACUGAGGUGGACAUCAGUGGAAACAACAUCGGAGACACUGGAGCCAAAAUGCUGGCCAAAGCCCUGAUGACUAACACCACACUGAGGACUCUAUCAUGGGACAGAAACAAUGUUACUGCAAGGGGUUUCCAGGAUGUUGCAGAUGCCUUGGAGAGGAACUCCACUCUGCAGCAGGUGUCUGGCCUGGCUGAUAUCACACAGAGCUACCGCAGCAACCCUGACAGAACAGAAGAGGCCCUGCACAAGAUUCAGCGGUGUUUAGACAGAAACAACCAGAGACAGUCUGACAGAGUGGAACUCCAGCAAGUGUUUAGAGUUCAGCAAUCUGAGAAGGAGGUCCAGGGUCUGUGUCUGCAGUUAGAGGACAGCCUUCAGCGUUUAAACCCCUGCAACCCUCAGGAGGUCCAGCCUGACAUCCUGACACCACACGAGGUGCUGCACAACGCCAGGGAGUCCUUCAAGCUGCUUCCCGCUCUGUAUGAGGAAGGCAGGAAGUGUGCCCCUGAUGGAGGACUUGUGAACUGCAUUCUCAGUGACGCUGCUGCAGCACUGGCUGAUGAGUUGAACGGAAGUAUACAGGAUCUGGCUGAAGGCCUGAUGAGGCAGGCAGAGGCGGUGUGUCCUCGGGUGGUGCAGCGCUCCAGUGUGUGCGAGUGUCUGUCAGAGUGUGUGUCCAAAAGAAGUAGACAGAUACACACUUUCCUGAGAAGCUCUCUGGUGGAGAACACAGGGCAGAUCAUCAGCAACAGACUGAGACAACUAAGACAGACGCUGAGUGUCUCUCUGGCUGAAAGCAUCAUGGAACAGGUGCAACAGGAUCUCAUAAUGGCACAGGACAGAGUGAAUUGCCUUUUAAAAGAAAAUGCUGGCAUCCUUCUGAAACUGAACAUCCCAGAGCUUCGACUGGUUGAGAGCGACUUCCCAACUGAUGAUUACAGUCCAGCAUGUUGGAGGGACAGUUUCCACUCCAAGAGCCUGAGGCCUGCCGCUUCGAUAAAGAGUCUCCUGGAUGCAGACUUGGAGCAGCAGAUCAGGGGAGGAGGUGCCAGAGAAGAAGGGGGAGGAGUAAGGUGCGCUCUCCCUCUGUUGUCGACAGCAACCCUCAUGUCAGUCAGGUCUCCAAGCCCCUCCCCUUCCCCGUCCCCCUCCCCCCCGGGACAGAGGAGGAGGAGGAGGGAGGGGGAGGUGGCAGCAGCGUUGGAUGCUGCAGCAGUGAGAGGAGCAUCGUUCAUUCCUCCUCCCAGUCCCCCCCUACUGCGCUCCAUCACCGCUCGCUCUGCAGAGGAGGAAGCUGCCGGCCAAGGAAGCUUACCCAGACGACAGGCUCCCUUCCCCGGCUGCGAGCCCAGCCCAGGCUCCCCCUUCAGCUCUGGAUCUCCUGCUUCCCCCAUGGAGCCUCUACCCACCCAGGGACAGACUCUGAGGCACUACACCGCCUCACGACCACGGCCACGACGCACACACACACAGCCCCCGUCCUCCAGGCCUCAGGAGCCUGUUGUAAAGGUAGAGACUGAGAAUGAAGCCACUGAGGGGAUGGGUCGAGUGGAUGAAGGAGUAGAGGAGUUCUUCACCAAGAAAAUCAUCCCUGACUAUGCACUAAAAGGCCGGUGGGAGGAGUCAAUCCCUGCCCAAGCCACUCCCCCAGAAUCAAGCUCCACCCCCUCAGCCUCAACCCCCUUUUCCUCUUCGUCUGACAAUAUCCCCCUCUCUCCCAGCACCACUGUCACUUCUCCCUCUGUCCCAUCCACUGACACAUGCUUUACAUCCACUGUACCCCUCCUCUCUACAUCCUCCACCCCCCCUGCACCCCUCUCUUCUGUCACCCCCACCACCACACUUCCCACCAAAAACAUCAAGAAAAAGUUUGGGGACUUCUUUGCCUUCAAGAGGGCUCGAGGCGGCCGAGCCCCCAAGGCAGGAGGGGGAGAGGGAGGAGGAGAGGGGGUGAAGGUCAAAAGGACCUCCAUCGCAGACCUCAUCCGACCCCUCCGCGAGGCCAAAGAAAGGGAGAGGGACAGGGACAAGGGGAGAGGGGCAAGGUCAGUGGAGGAUGCUAACGUUUGUAAUGAUGCCGCCACCACAGAAGGAACCGCUGCAGGCGAUGCCAAGGGAACGAUGGCGCCUGCCAAGACUUUAACCACGACGACGCCUUCCAGUGACACCACUCCCUCUAUCCCCAACACCGCCACAAGCCCCGACCUCACCACUGCCACGCUUUCCGAUCAGAAAGAACAGGCAGUUCCUGUCUUUCGAGGUCGCACCCCCAGUCCAGUGGUCACCUCCCCUCUCACGGAGCAGGAGAGGGGCGGGGUGCAGAUGAAUGAGAUGUUGAGAGGGAGUCCGUUUGGAGAGAGGAGACUGAAGGUGACCAAGAGGUCGCUGAGGGAGGGAAAGAGCCAGAGUCUCAUACUGCUGACAGGGUUAGAGCCUGAAGACAAGGAUGACACACACAGUAAGAAACAUGCGUCUGAGAGCACAUCUAGUUUGGAACAAAGGCUUCAGGUGAUGCUGCACAGAAUGGGCGUGGCCAAAACUCCACCUGCUGAAACCAAGACCAGUCAGAAUAAAGACGAGGAGCUGAGAAAGGCCAACUCUGAAGGUGCUAUCCUGGACAAGCCUGUACCUCCUCCCACAUACAUGAAGCCCAGAACCAUGUCCACAUCAUCAGCUGACCCCAGGCAUCCAAUGAGAGCACUGGACCCUAUCAGACCAGAACCCCCGCUUUACCCAAAACCCAGUGUUCCUGAGCGCCCGGUCGGCCCCCUGCCACCCAGACCAGCCGUCGCAGCCAAGCCUCCCUUCCCCACCCCGGCCUCUCCUGCAGGAGGAGCAGCUCGUCCCUCCUCCGCCCCCCCCUCCAGCAGCUCAGUAGGGAGAGUUCAUCUCAGACACAUCCAGGACGGCCGGCCGGGGGACACUACAGCACAGAAUGGCAGCCAUGAGCGUCCCCCGGGUGCAGCCUCAGCCCUGUCCCCCAGGAAGGAGCUGCUUCCCUCUGCUCAGUCUGCCUGGAGGGGGCCCAGCACACAGGAGCGCUCCGAGAAAGCACAAUCAGUGACCGACGAGAGUCUUCCUAAGGCACGGCAACACUUGAAACCCGUUCCGAAACGCAGAGCCGUGUCCGUCCAUGAGGACACUCUGGCCAUGACACACGAGCUGAAGGCGGUGCUACAGAGGUCCCCUAUCCGUUUCCGUGGCCGAGACCUGCCCCCCUGCACUGAAGACCCCUCCAGUGUGGAGGAAGCACAGAGACAUCAGGAGGCCGGUGACGCAGGGAAGCAAGAAGAGAAUAAGAAAACUGUCCAGGAGGAAGAGCAGCUGAAGGCAGGGAGAGGCAGGACGGGCUGUCCCCCCCCUCCAGGCUCAGUGUUUUCCUCCUCCACAGAAGCAUCAGCAUCCCGCCUCUUCAGUCCAACUGCAGCCUCCGACAAACCUCCACCCGUCCUGGAGAGGCUGACCCACAGCCUCCAUAAGCCUCCCGUAACCCCCCCAUCUGAUCAGAAGAGCCCCUGCACAGGCCCCCGUUUGCCUCAAACUCUAGAAAAACGGCUACUGUCCCCACCCUCCCAAGAAAAGACCCCCAGCACAAUCUCAGCUUCAUCUGAAUCCCCAGAAGUUAGCACCCUGUCCCUCAAGAAGAAAAGCCCUGGCACAGCACCCCCCACAGAGGAGGUCUCUCAACAGCACACAGUGAAGGCAGAGUCAGCAGACCAAAGAACUGAGCCACCUCUGUCUGAAUAACACACACACUGACUUAUAAAAGGACAUAAGACGAACCUGGGAAGAGAGGUAGGGGGGGGCUGUAACAUCACUGAGAUCAGGAUAUAGGAGGGUAUACCAAUUCUGAGGAUAGCAUGGAUGUUGAACCCUCCUUUAGAAAGCUGCUGUGUCCCAUGUCAGGGGGCUCUCUUUGAAAGCCUCAGAACCAAGGCCCUGUGUCCACAGAUUGUAUAAUUGAGCUGGUCACAACUAAAUCUGACAAGCACAGAGCAAGGCAGAUGAUCCGAAUAUGGAUAAAAGUACAUCACUCACCUGCUCUGCUCCAACAAACAUUUGGUCUUUGUUUUGCUAGCUGUACGAAAGCCUAUUCUCCAAUUUCUACAGCGGUGUCACCAGCGCUUUUCUUAAAAGCUUCGAUAUUUUCAUCUCAAAGCGUUUGGAGCAGCCAAAAAAGACCCUGGGUGAAGGGCUUUUUCUCAUGGUUGCCGAAUGUGAUGGCAUGUCUCAUAUGAAUCAGUGUGUGGACAGGCUUUAAUUUGUAUUUAUUGCACAUGGUUGGUGUAUGUUUUUUUUGCCAUCUUACAGCUAACGUCUGCACAGUUGCUGUACUGGCCGUUUGAGGUGGAUAAACACGCACUGCACAAACCGUCCAGUGGUCAAAUACCCAGAACAAUAAAAACCUUAGUCUGCUGGCCAUAUCCUGUUAGAGAAGGAGGACGAAGGAGAAGGCACGUUUAUAUAUUCAGUUAAAAUACACACAUGACCAAACAGGACAUUUACACAUUAGGCCUGAAAUACACACAUGCGCAACUGAAUGCAAUCUAUGAAGACCUGUCAGAUUGAUGGGCUGCCGUAGUUCAGCGCCAUGGAGCUGUUGGGGGUUUGGUGCUUUGCUCAAAGACAUCCCGACAGUGUCCAGGAGGUGAACUGGCUCAUCUCUAGCUACGAGUCAAAGCCACAUAUAUUUUAUGAUUAUCAUUGUUUUGGUCUGUGCGGGGACUUGGACCAGUGGUCUGGUUCCCAAGCCCCGAGCCACUGCCUGUUGUGCUGAGGGCAAAAUCUCUAAGUUGAUCAGGGCAGCUGUUUUAAUAUGCAUCAUCAGGGGGAAAUAUGCAACUGUUCCGCCUGUAAGCUCACUUUCCAUUGAGUCUGAGGAAAUCUUUGAGAGUCAUCUGAGUCGGUCCAGGAAGGUUGAGUCUGAAAUGGGACACAGCCAGCAUCAGCUGAAUGUCUAACUGACAGGAGUGUGUGGCUCCGAAAUCGUAAUCGUUUGCCCUCCAAACAAGGGUGGCUCAUUUAACAGAACGUCUUUGAGUGUGGAUCAUUAACACAUCAUGUCAAAGACACACUUAUUUCACCUGCUUAUACAUGUUAUCAUUUGAUUUAAUAAGGGAUUUAAAGGCACAUGGUGUAAUUUACAAUUCAAAGAGUAUAUCUUUUCACACAUAUUUCAUCCAUUGGAUCUUGGUAAUUCAUCUACAUUUGACAUAUGGCCCUCAUCUGCUUCCUUUUUUUUAAAUGGGCAUUAGUGGUAAUGUAAUGACUCAAAUUUUUGAUUGCAUGAUUUUUUAAAUUCCAUUUUUUCCGCUUCCGAAUAGUCUGCUUUUGUUUUUGUCUAUAGUCGUUUGGGAGGGAGUUUUUUUCCUCCUAGAGUGGUAGUGGUGCAGUGAUGACACAGUUUUGUGGGCCGACUCGGAAGUUAGCAUCACCAUGGCUCCCUCGCCAAAAAGCAGUGGGGGUUUUCCAUUGGAAGGUUGCAAAAACAAGAUCUGCGGCAAACACACGUUUAUGAUGCUUUACGAUGGGUUAAUGCCAUUGACUGUAUAAAUAAUGGACGUAGUAUCCGUGACGUCACCCAUAAGUUUGUGAAGCGCCGUAAUGAAGCUCAAAGUGGGCGACUCCCACCGUCGACAUCUUCUCAGUCUACCUCACGCCCGCUCCCGGCUAAUCCAAAUAUGGACAUAGGGUUGGAGCUGAAGUGGGCGUGGCUACUGAAACACGCCCAUCUAGCGCGAAGCUACCAAGCUAGCAAAGGCUUCCAAGCUAGGCUACAUGCUACCGUAUGCUACUAGCGGCGCUAUCCCGCUAAAAGUCAACAGCACACCCUGCAGUGUGGUUGCCCCCGGUUACCGGUUGUCUUACUCAAGGUAAGUUAACCUGAAACUAUAAAAAACAAAACUUGACAUAAAGAUCUAUCUGUUAUUGAGAUUAUACUGCACUAGUUUAAAAAUGCUCGUUUCAAAUAUAGACGUAAUUUGCAACACUAUAUUUUGACCAGAAAUGUGGCCAGUGUUACCGUGAAUCAGCGUACCGUUAACGUUUAAUUUGAAACAGAAUUUUAAUUUUCACAUGAUUCAGUUCACGAGUCGUUUCUAUUGAACACUCGAUUAUAACGUUACUUUUAAUACGUUUAAUAAGUUAAGUUACAUGUGAUGGUAAAUGUAUUAUUGAUACUGGCUUGCAUAGUCAUAGUUAUUAUUGCUGCUUUUAAGAAUUAUACCAAACAAGACACAUUAUCAGUGCAGAGGCUGUUAGCGGAGCUAGCAGAGCAGACAACUAGCAGCUAGCGCCCACUGACGGCGCUAACCUGUCAAUCAAAGCGACCACGCCCUUAAUUAUGCAUAACUUUAAGCCUUAAUAUAAUUCAAACGGGAGAGUUAUAUAUAAAUUCACCCUCCUCACAGUUGUCAUGAAUAGGGAAAUUAGCUAUAGAGACCAAAAGCAAUUUUUGUACCACGCUGUAAACAUGUUUAUUUCUGCUGUAAAAAUUAGCAUUUUAACAUGGGGGGUCUAUGUAAAUUGCUCUGUUUUGGAGCCAGGCCACGCGGCCAUUCGAUGAACUGCAGUUUUUGGCACUUCCGUAUGUGUUUCACUGCUCAGCACCGGAGGUUGCCCCUUGGUUAAUGCAGAGCCAGAAGUACAAAGCGAGGCUUAUCACAAACAACAGCCUGGUCACAUGACUUCACGUCACCACUGCUGAGCUAAAGGCGGCUAACAUUCGGCGUGAUGAUGUUUAGUUGUCUCAUUUAGUCACUUGUUAGCAACAACUAAUUUUAAGAGAUCUAGAAUCUUCAAACAUUCCUCAGUGGGCUAUUUACUGACGUAUUUUAUGUCGUUGAACAAAACGUGAACAUCUCUUAAACUUGUGUUAACCAAAGACCUUGUUCCAGGCAUCUAAUUAAAAAAGCCUUCAAUAAACUUUGAACCCCAAGUGAAGGAGUUCAAGUAUCUCGGGGUGUUGUUCUCGAGUGAGGGAACAAUGGAGCGUGAGAUGGGCCGGAGAAUCGGAGCAGCGGGAGCGGUACUGCAGUCGCUUUACCGCACCGUUGUGACGAAAAGAGAGCUGAGCCAGAAGGCAAAGCUCUCUGUCUACCGGGCCAUCUUCGUUCCUACCCUCACCUAUGGUCAUGAAGGAUGGGUCAUGACCGAAAGAACGAGAUCGUGGAUACAAGCGGCAGAAAUGGGAUUUCUCCGCAGGGUGGCUGGCUUCUCCCUUACGGAUAAGGUGAGAAGUUCAGUCAUCCGGGAAGGACUCGGAGUAAAACCGCUGCUCCUUCGCGUUGAAAGGAGCCAGUUGAGGUGGUUCGGGCACCUAGUGAGGAUGCCACCUGGGCGCCUCCCUAGGGAGGUGUUCCAGGCACGUCCAGCUGGGAAGAGACCGAGGGGUAGACAUAGGACCAGGUGGAGGGAUUAUAUCUCUUCGCUGGCCUGGGAGCGCCUUGGAAUCCCCCAGUCAGAGCUGGUUAAUGUGGCCAGGGAAAGAGAAGUUUGGGGCUCUCUGCUGGAGCUGUUACCUCCGCGACCCUGACGGAAAACCGGGAGAAGAUGGAUGGAUGGAUGGAUGGAUGGAAACUUUUAAUUCUAGACCAGGGAACAUGAAGUGCUAAAAUGCUAACUCAUUCCAGGCUUUAUAACUAAUUCCUGCACCACUCAAUAGUGCACACUGACAAUGGUAACUGGUAAAUCGAUUGCACCUUUCACCCAUUCACACACAGGUUAAUACACUGUUGGCAGAUCUGCCAUACAGGGUGCCAAACUGCUCAUCCUGUAAUCUAAGGCUUAUUCACUCACACUCAUACACUCAUUGCUUUCCUUUGGGAGGAAUUUGGGGUUCAGCAUCUUGCCCAAAAGAUACAUAGACAUGCAGAGUCGAAGUAACCGCAGAUCUUGUGAUUAGUGGACAUCCCGCUUUACCUCCUUAACCUCAGCUGCCGCAUACAAUAAGACUAUCCAGGAAGAAAACAGCAACACACUUUGAAUACCAUUUCCUCAUGUACUAAAGGGGCCAACUGCUGCAUUCUAGUGUUUUCAGAACCAACAGGAAGUCAUUUAAAGACUUUUGUUUUAUUCAUUACAUUACUAAACAUCCCAAUAGCUGUUUCAGUUUUCUUCCACACCAUCUUGUUCAGAGUCUGACAGUGAGAUGAUUACUGCAGUUAUGAGUAUUGAAGUUAAGCUCAUAAAGGCCUAAACGGGCUCACAUAAUCAGCAGAACAGGGUUAGUAUAUUUUCAAAUGUGGUUUUCAACUUGGAGGUUUGGGACCAGACCAAGAUUAAGAAACAUAAAACAGUGAUGUUUAUACAUUUAUGUAACAAAACAUCCCAGUUAACCAACAUCUUGGUGUAUGUAUAGACAAAUAAAGUAAAAAAUACAAUUUUAUGGUUAUUUUCUCCAAAAUUGUAUUAAUUGAAAACGAUGUCAAAUCCAUUUCCUUUACAAUAUUUCUAACAAUCCCAUCAUGCCAUCAAUGUGGGAAAAUAUAUCUUGCCUUGUUAAGUGUUCUUUUCUUUUUUAAACUUUCAGCCUUUUAGUAUCUUGAGAUGAACACACAGGACACUAAAGCUCAGCAUGUUUCUGUUGAAUCACAUCAAUAUGUGACAUUGUAGGGUCAUUACAUUAAACACACACACACACACACACACACACACACACACACACACACACACACACACACACACAUGUAAUAAUCACCAUAUCCAUCUUUUCACAAGAGAACCAGAGAUGACCAAUAUAUGCUCACAGAUAGUGUGAGAUAGCAACAGGAGUAUAUUUAUUCUAUCAAACUCUCAGGUGGCUGUGGAGGAAGGUGUGUGUUUUGUAAGAGCAGACCUCAGCUCAGCUCCCUGAGCCUGCAUCUCAUACUUGGAAAGAAGUUAUUUUCUACAGUCUUGUUUAUCUUUGCCUUGCACGCACAGAAUAUGUACAAAAAUACAAAGCAUCAAAAACAAAGUUAUAAACAGAGUGUAAAUCCAUACCUAUACUUGUUAAUAAUUAUUAAAAUAUGAGUUCUGUCAA